UAUCCAAUUUCCAAAUUCUGCGGCCAUGGAAGCUCCACCCGUUUUCACCGAAUUCUCUCUCUCUUCGAGGAAAUACAUCGCAGUUACUGUUACCUUUCCCACCUUAUCGAAUUUUUUCCAUGGCUACGAUGUUCUCCAAAACCACUCUGGGAGUCCUUUCCUCUUCACCACAUUGUCAUCAGAAGCCACCUCUGCCUCACUGCCUUAUCUUGGCCGGCAAAUGCUCUUUCACCUAUUCCCCCUUUAGCCCUUUUUGGACCCAGAGAAAUUCUAGGAAUCUUGUCUGCAGAGCUAAUGAAACUUCGAUGGCAGAAAAAUCUUCGGCUUCCAGUGACAGUGGUGACCAUGGGAGUAAAUGGGUUUCAUUACUGAAUGAGGAAAGGAUUCAACUAUUAUUUUGUAAGGAUGAGGAUUUGGCAAUUGAUAACCAAUCGCACGCAGAGGGAUCUUGCCGUGAAGGGUUUCUCGAUGCUAACCUGGGCAAGACUAAAGACGUUACAGUUUCGAGGAGGAAAGCUAUGGCUUUGAUGUUUUCUGGUGUUAUCUCAUUGCAACUGGGCUCUCACAAUAUCACAUUAGCUCAGCCUUCUGUUGGAUUCAGGGAACAUGUGGAUACCUUUGAUGGUUAUACAUUCUUUUACCCUCAGAACUGGAUUCAAGUCAGGGGUGCAGGUGCAGAUAUAUUCUUCAGGGACCCUUUUGUUCUUGACGAGAAUCUCUCUGUGGAACUAUCUUCUCCUUCAUCCUCCAGGUACAAAAGUGUUGAAGAUUUAGGUCCUCCACAAAUAGCCGCUGAGAAAGUACUUAAGCAGUAUUUGACCGAGUUGAUGUCCACUAGACUUGGUGUCCGCCGUGAAUCAAACGUGCUUUCUACAUCCUCAAGAGUUGCAGAUGAUGGGAAGAUGUACUAUGAAGUUGAGGUAAACAUUAAGUCAUAUGCAAACAAUAAUGAGUUAGCUGUUAUGCCACAAGACAGAGUUGCACGCCUUGAGUGGGAUCGGCGUUAUCUUUCAGUACUUGGAGUUGGAAACAACCGAUUAUAUGAACUGAGAUUGCAGACACCUGAAAAUGUUUUUCAAGAGGAGGAAAAUGACCUGCGUCGAGUUAUGGAUUCCUUUAGAGUUAUUAAAUCAGUGGACUGAUCGUCUAUGUAGGACGUAUAUGGAGAGUUUUGUAAUUGUGGCAUUUUCUUUCUUUCUGAUUUUUUUUUGGGGGGGCGGGGGGCGGGGGGUGUGGUUUUCGGAAAUGUCAUUGAGAUAGGUCACCAAAUGUGAUAUCGAGCCUUUGUAUCUGGUGAUUCCUCUUCUAUCCAGUUGUUGGAAUGACCAAAUGAACCGUCCACAUUGGCAAAAAUUGGCCUUGUAAUAUGAACCUUGAUAGUUGGCCCUUUUCCCUAAUCAUGUAUGAGAUAUGAUACACAGGAACAGUUUUCUUCGAUA